CGGGCGGGGGCGCCGAAAAGCGCGCCGACACACACGCUCGUCCCCCUUAGUACCCAGCCGCCAGCCCGCUAGCCCGCGCCCGCGCCUCCGCCUGCAACGAUCGAUUCCGGCGUUUGGUCUCCGCGUCGUCGUCCUGGUCGUCAACCGCCAACCGCCCGCCGCGGUCGCGCUCCUGUAAAUAGCAAUAAUUCGCGUUCGUUUUCAAGGUCGGUAAGGCCAGGCGCGGACUCCCGGUGCAGCUACACGUAGUUCAGUGCAUCAUCCGCCGGCGAUCGUCGCAUCCCACCGUCUCCGAAAAAAAAAAAAAACGCCAAACGCGCUUGUUGUUAGUGCUGUGAUCGCUAUCGUCCUUCCGUCGUUCGUUCUUCUCUUCAUCGUCCUCCUCCGCAAUGGCAACGACCGUUUUUUAGCAGCGUUUACCCAGCCGCUCAGCUUAUCGCACAGAUAAACGUAUCGAAAGCCCAUCGAACCAGUUUCGCACUACGUAUGGCACGCAACUGUAGUUUACCAAACACCACCCGGCAGUACGGGCCGCAAUUCAAGUCGCACCAACGACGCCGCAUGAAAAACUUGGACCCGUCGACGACGAGGACGAGUCACGCAAACGCCGUAAAUUCGCCAAUUGCGUCACGCGGGCAGCACGGACGCGGAUUACACGAGUGGUCAAUGAACGGCCGCGAAGCCGCUAUAGAAACUAAUCCGAGCAAAGAGCGCGAUCAAUUCCCAGCAUGGCCGACGCGCAGGGCGACGACGGCGGCAGAGAUGUAAGCGAAGCCUCGGAACCAUUAAUGCCGGCUGCCGUGGAACACCAGCUCGAAGAUGUGGUGCUCCCGGUGUUGGAGGGUGACCAUGACUCGUCCUCGCAACACUUCUACGACUCGAACAUCAUCCACGGCAACAGUAAUAACACAGCGGCGAAUUCACCCAGCAGAACCAUACCACUGCUAUCUGCAGCGCUGGGUGGUGAAAAGUUCUGUGAGACAGACCUGCUGCUGAAUGGCGUUGGCGUUGGUACCAACGGAGUGCUUCCGAAACCGGAAUUGCAUGUCCAGUUCAAUCAUAACAGCGGCGUCAACCUGAUCGAUGAAGAGAAUGCGAAGAUGGCCGAUAGUCUUUCCAGCCGCGAGGAGGGCGGCAGUGAAUCAUCGAGCAGUUCCGAAUCGAGUAUCGAAUUAGCUGAGAGUAGACCUCCGGAUGGUGGCUGGGGCUGGGUGGUGGUGGUUGCUUCGUUUGUCGUGAACCUCAUCGCCGACGGCGUCACACUGAGUUUUGGUGUCAUUUUUGUUGAAUUUAAAACGUACUUCGGAGAGAGUCUGGGCAAAACCGCCUGGAUCGGCAGUGUCUUCAUGGCGAUGCCGUUGUUGAGCGGACCAAUCGCGAGCUUCCUAACGGACCGCUACGGCUGUCGCCGGGUGACAAUCAUUGGUUCGAUAUUGGCUUCCACUGGAUUCGUCAUAAGUUCAAUGGCGAACAGUAUGGAGAUUUUGUUCAUAACAUUCGGAGUCCUCGCAGGAUUUGGACUGAGUUUGUGUUACGUGGCGUCGGUGGUGAUCGUGGCGUAUUACUUCGACAAGCGAAGGUCCUUCGCCACAGGUUUAUCGGUGUGUGGCAGCGGUAUUGGUACAUUUAUCUUCGCGCCGUUGACUCAGGCCCUAAUCACAGAGUACGGCUGGCGUGGCACUACUUUAAUCUUGGCCGGACUCUUUCUUAAUUUAGCGGUGUGUGGCGCUUUGAUGCGGGAUUCGCCAUGGACGCCUAGCCAUAAGGCAAAGCGUCAGAGGAAACUUGAUCGAGAGUUGAAGAAGAACAAGAAGAACGCCUCGGUGGAAACUUUCUCAGUGAGCAACAGCACGAACACGGCCAGUGUGCUCCAACCCAUCCUAGAGGCCCACGAGCCCAGUGAUCAUGCCAAACCUGAAAACUUUGAUAUCAAACUUUCGUCGUCCCUUGUCAACCUUCCUACUUACGUGCGUAACGGUGAGAAAGUCCCCAUCGAGGUGAUUGAACUUCUGUCCACACACAAGAAUGUCUAUAACGUCCUAAUGCAAAACUAUCCUAGUUUACUCACACCUUCAAGAAGCUUCAGUGAUUCCGGCAGGCUCAAUGAGGCUAUGCAUCAGCACAACGUACGGUUUACACAACCGCAAUCGCCGCUGUCGAUAGAAAGUCCACGUGGCACUACCAGUCCACAGAGCCCACCACCAACAACAGAAACAAAUCAACCGCGCUCUGCGGACGCAGCAUACCUCUGGUGGCUGAAACGCAAUCAAAUCACACCGCCACGUAUCAAUCCGCAGAAGAAGGUCAAUACCACCACAGCGUACUUGAAGGAUCUACGGGUGCACCGUUUGUCCUUGACCUAUCGCGGGGCGAUGUUAAACAUCAACCGGUACCGCCUGCGCGCGUCUAGUUGUCCGGACAUCUACCGCAACUCCAUGACAACCAUUGCGAAGGAGAAGAAUGAGUGGCAGGUGGCAUUCAAAGAGUUCUGGGCGUUGAUCGUCAACAUGUUCGAUUUCUCGCACUUUGCCGACAUGAAGUUUCUGCUGUUUGCAAUCUCCAACUUCCUGCUCUACACAUGGUAUGAUGUGCCCUAUGUGUACAUCGCCGACUACGCGCAGAACAUCGGUUUCAGUGAAGAGGAUUCCUCCAUGCUCAUUGGGCUGAUCGGCAUCGUGAAUACAGUGGGAGAGGUCAUCCUCGGAUGGGCGGGUGACCGUCCUUGGAUCAACGCCGGGCUGAUCUAUGCGGUAUGCAUGGCAUUAUGCGGGGCAGUCAUCGCCUUGACUCCACUGUUCAAAACCUUCUGGGCCUUGGCGACCAUCUCCGGCCUCUUCGGGUUGUUCAUCGCGGCAAACUACUCGCUGACCUGUAUUAUUCUGGUCGAGCUGAUCACUCUGGAGAAGUUCACCAAUGCAUACGGACUGUUGUUGCUUGUUCAAGGUGUUGCCAAUUUGAUAGGCCCACCUUUAGGAGGUUGGCUGUGUGAUGUGACGGGAACAUACGACUUAUCAUUUUACCUGGCGGGCAUCUUCAUCGCAAUCAGCGGCAUGAUGUUGGUGGUGCUGCCCACGGCGAACAGAUAUAAACGCUUCCAGACCAUCCAGCGCAAUGCGUCGCAGACAUCCAGAGAACCACGCUUCUAUCAGGUGCUCGCGUCUUGCCUCACCGGACGCGUGGAUGUCAAGACCCCACUGGAGAACCACGUCUAGGCGCCACUCACACACCAGUCACACACAUGACACACAAAAAAUAUUUCACAAAGUGAACUUAUUUGCGGCGCGCCCGAGUAGGUGAUGUUCCGUCAAUUCAAUUCAUAGGCAUGUAAGUGUAAACAUUGAUUAAGGAAAGGGAAGAGACUCUCUUAUUCAAUGGUGUAAGAGUAAUCACACCGCUAGAAAACCAAAAAUGUUGCAGUGGCUCGUGUUGCCAUUUUGGAGGGUGCAGCACCCUCCGUGUUGACUAGACUAGAUUUGGAGAUAUAGGGUGAUUCCAUCGUAUGGCUGUUGCAAACCUUUUUAAACUAUGAUAGUAGAUAGACUUACGAUAUCUAGCUGAUAAUAUUAAUUAUUAUAUAAUAUGAAUUCUUGUUACGGCGUUUCCAAUAACAAAUAGUAUUUUAUUGCGAGGUGAUUCGUCAUCGACGAUAUGCAAUAAGUAUUUUCGAAUUUAACUCUUAUCUUAACGCGACGAGCAAGACGCCAGGUGAAGCCGAGCUAUUACCACGCAAUCGGAUAACGAAACUAAGCAAAUAAUAUACCAAUACACUCACGAGAUUACAAUUUACCUAUAGUGCGCACACGGGACAUUGUAAUGCCCUCCGAAUUCCAGUAAUAUAGUAGAUACUGUGCAAGUAACUGCGAAGAACGUACCUUUUUCCAAUCAGCGUGUUGAUUAUUGUGUAAAAUUGAUAAGAAAUUAGCGUGAUAGGCGUGAAUUUCAAGUGCUAGUUUUGUACACGUGAGCGAGAGUGUAACGGAAACUUAAAAAUAUUCUAAUGAACUAAAAAUUGAAAAGACUAAAGACUAUUCUAUGUAAACGGAAUACUAAUUAAUACGAAAACGAGUUGCAGAGACGCAGAGAACAAAUGUGUACAUAGAUAAAUGAAAGAAAGAUUAUUUUUUGCCUUGUCGACUAAUCGCAUCAGAUAGUAUUCUAUAUUUUUCAAAACAAAUAACCAAAACCAAAGGCAAUGUGAAGAAUGUCUAAACGGAGCGCAGCGCUCCCUUUCUAAACACAAUUAGUUCAUAACUAAUUCCAAUUGUAAGUAAACAAAAUCUCAGGUUUUAUGUAAUACGAGAAGAUGCGACGAUGAAUCAGCUCAAAACCCGUUUGGUUCCACGACGACGACGACGACGACGACGUGUAUUACUUGCGACGAUUUAGGAUUUCGUUGUUUUUCGAUGUACCAUUACGAUAAUCAUGAAAAUUGCGGCUAAAAUCGACUAAAAUUAAAUUAAACGAUGGACGGCGACGUUCGAUAAAACAAAGUGAAUAUUAAUUAAUUAACUAAAAUGGCGGACGCGGACGACCAUAAAAACAAAACAGGUUGACGACACAAAUGUAGACUGUUAUUUUCGUAAAGCAUUAGAAUGUACCAAAAAAAAAAGAAGAAGAUACUAUUGUUAAUGGGCAUAAUUGAUACGAUAGCUUAUUAGUGAAUAAGAUGGAGGCAUGCGAGCAAUUACGAUGCGCGGAGAGCAGAUACACAUAACUAUACUCAGAUUAAUUUUGUAGACAAGGCUGUGUUGAAUACGAUUAGUAGUAAUAUAUAAAUAUACAUUUAUAGGUAGCAUCCACGACGAAUAAAUUAUUAUCACGUA